AUGGACAAUAUUUCCCAGGUCAUUCAUGACUGUGAGACGUGUGCCAUGAUCAAGCAGGCCAAGCGGUUGAAGCCGCUAUGCUGGGUGUGUAAAGCACUCGCUGGCACCCCCCAGCUUCGCCUGUGGGACACGGACCGUAACGCGGGCGUGGGAACCUCUCUCCCCGCUUCCGUGUCCUUGGCCAUGAGCAGCCAUCCCUCUCACCGUCUUCCCCGGACACAUUCCCAGGUGUGAGGAGGGUUUCGGGGCUGCCUGUGGGUGAAGCAGGUUUUCUCUUCCAAAAUGACUUUACAAGUUCUGGUUUUGUGUUUGACAUAUUCUGGGCUUGGAAAAGCAAAUGUGCUCCUACAGGAACACACAAAAGUGAGGAUGGGCGACAGUGCGACUCUGAGCUGUGCCCUGACAAAACCCAUGGAUGUUCUGCAAGUGACAUGGCAAAAGGACUCAGAAGAUUUCCGUGACAACAUGCAUGACAAUAUAGCUACAUACAGUACAAGUAACGGAUUGAAGAUUCACAAGCCCUAUGAAGACAGAAUGAAUUUCACAAGUUUGGAACUCAACAAGACAAGCAUAACUUUUUGGGUCACUAGAAUGGAUGAUUCAGGAUGUUACAAGUGUGUCUUCAAUGCUUUCCCUUUGGGCCCCUUCUCAGCAACCACCUGCCUGACUGUUUUUGGUCUUAAUGCAUCAGUCCAUCACAACAUUUCUGAAGGUCAUUUGAUAGCCAUCUGCAAUGCUGAUGGCUUCCCAGAGCCCACAGUCACCUGGAACAACCUGUUCAAUUCUACUCCUACACAGAAGAUAGUCAAGCACAAAAAUGGGAUUGUGUCCAUCACGAGUAAACUGGAAAUCUACAACAUUCAGAGCAUCAAGGCACAGGAUUUGACCUGCAGAGUAAACAACACAGAAGAAACAUUUGAAUUGCCUGUGAAAAUAGGGGAAGGUAGAAAAGGGAUCAUCAUUUCUUUGGCUGGUGAUUAUUGCGGUGCUUCUAGUAGUCAUCACAGUUUUGGUUCUGAUUACACUGUUCUGGAGGAAGAUACUGUGCAGGAGGAGUUGAAGUGGAUCCUUGAGGAUUUCUGUCCAUCUAACAGCUCAUUAGAAGUCAGCAGCCUGAAGUCAGCAUUACACAUAGUGACUUGACUCACUGGAAAGAAGCAGCAAAAAGAGAAGACAUCAUGUACACUGCCCUAUCUGGAAGCUGAGUUGAUCACUGAAACAACUAACACAAUGUUUGUUAUCUGGUCUAGGUCCUUAAUCUUAAAAUGUAGGACUGGACCACAUGGUCUGCUGCUCCACAGAGAAGGAGAUUUUUGUCAAGCAAAACCUUCUGUCCCCAUGCCACUCCUGCUACUGCUGCUGGGAAAAAUGUGUCUGUCUUCUUCCAGCUGAGUUUUGAAAAUGUCCAUGGAUAGAAGCUCUGCAGGAUUCUCUUCCAGUGCUUAAUUUCUCUUGCUCUCUUGAAUUAGAGAGGGAUUUAAUUUUUGCCAACACCUGUCUGCAAUUUCACUUGCAGCAACUCAGAGUUCACCACCCUCUUCCUGUCAUCUGAUUUUCCUUCUCUUAUCCAGCUGUUCCAACUCCUUUUUCUGUCUGGAAAGACCUGCUGGACUCAAAAUCACAGGACUCAAACUACGCCAGAUUUGUCAAAAUUAUUGGGGAAGAGCAAUAGGUCUCCAACAGGUGACUGAAUAAAGGCAGUAGCAGCCACAGUUUGGAAAGAAGAAUUG